AAUGUGGCUACUUAGAGAGCUCUUUUUGAUUUUUCCUAAAAUGGUUCAGAAUGGAGACUUCAUAAUCUGAGUUAGUUCCUUUUGAUUAAUAUGCUUUUCUGGCUUUUUAUCAAAAUUUAAAAACAACAUAUCGAGAAGAGAUAUAACUAUUUUCAAUUUUGAGUAUGAAAAGAGUUUUAGACAUUUAAAAGAAGGAGAUAUAAUUAAUGGUUAGUUGAA